UAGCGCAAAGCGCCCCAAACCUUAUCUCCGUCCCUCCCGUCGCCAUCCUCCCCCUGCGACCUCCCCCAACUCACCAACCACCUCCGGCCGCCGCCCACCCUACUCCGACGCGCCCCGGGCCCUCCUCCUUUCGGGCGUGCGGGCGCACCGCCGGCCCCGCCACCUCCUGACGCGCCGCCGCCCCGCCUCCUCCGGGCACGCCGCCGCCCUGCCUUCUUCCCGUGCAAGUCCGCCGCCCUGCCGUUGCCUUCUUCCAGUGCAAGGCCGCCGCCCCCACCUCCUCCUAGCACGCCGUCGCCCCCGCCUCCUUCCGAUGCAAGGCUGGCCCACUCCUUCAGCGCGAGGAAGUUCGAUUCAGCAGCCCGAGCCCGUUCAAAUGCAUGAACUAAAAAGUUUGAGCCGCCUCUCAUGGUCAUCCAUCAGUGAGAUGCCUGGAGGACUUCUCCGUCGACUUGCAGGUUCAGCAAUGGAUAAGGAAGCUCCCCUUGACCAUUUUCUCGUGUACAGGCUGCAUGAAGCGUACAGAUCCAACUCCCCCGCCCGGCAGCUAUGGCGUGUGGCUGCCCAGCACAUCAGCGCCCCCAAGGGCCACGACAUGUUCCUGAGAUCGAGCAAAAAAGUUGAUGUUGUGAUAUAUUGCUAGCACUAGCAGAUCUUGGGAUAUGGGCACACCAGGAAGAAGACGGAAAAGAAAAUGGUGAGUUGGAGAUCGCAAGUUCACUGCUCAAAAGGAUAAGAUCCCUGUUGGUUUUAUAUAGAGAACACCCAGCGGGGGUAAAAAGAGCAUCGCUUUGUCCAAGUCCGCCAAUCAAAUUUUUGCUCUGUUUAAAGGUUUACGUCACUGUCUAAAAUUGGUGAUUGUUUCUGUAUGUUUGAGCAUCCGACUUGAGUUUCAUUUGUGAGGCGGUUUAAUUACAGUAAUUUUGUCCAUUCAGUAAUAUGUGUACAAGUUACUGUAUACAAAUAAAAAAGCUAA